AUUCUACGAUGGCACCUCUCAAUUCGGGAUACGCGCUACUACCUCAAGACGACGAUCACAGGCACCCUCAAACCAUCGUGAAGGAUGUCAAAAGGAGGACUCCCAGCAGGCUUUUCAUUUUCUGCUUGAUAAUUCUCGCCGGAUGCCUACUAUUCGUUGCUGCCUGUUCAAUGUUGAACAUCACCUCUCUCCGUUGGGGUUUCCCAGAAAAGCUCCAGGCUCAAUGUACGACGGAGAUGCAGGACUUUGGAGGCUUACCGAGCUAUUAUACUCUUCGAUCUGGAGACAAAAUUCCAUCUGUUGCAUUAGGUGUCUGGAAAGCAGGGAAGAAUGAAGUUGGUCGUGCGGUGAAGGCCGCACUGUGCAGUGGGUACAGGCAUAUCGACGGCGCGUGGGCAUACCGUAAUGAAGAAGAGGUUGGCCAGGCGUUGAAGGAGAGCGGUGUUCCUCGUGAAGAGGUGUGGCUGACAUCCAAGCUAUGGAACACUUUCCACGCACCUGAAGACAUCGAACCCACGUUAGACGAAUCCCUUCGCAAGCUCGGUACCAACUAUCUCGAUCUAUAUCUCAUCCAUUGGCCCGUUGCUACCAAAAAGGAUGGGACAUACUAUGAUAAGGAUUUGACCGAAAACCCGUACCCGACCUGGAAAAAGCUAGAGGAGAUGGUGGACAAAGGCAAAGUGAGGAAUAUUGGCGUUAGCAACUUCAACGAACGAAGGAUCAAAAAUCUCACUGGCAAUCCGUUGAAAUACCGACCUGCGAUCAACCAGGUCGAGCUCAGUUAUUGGCUUCCUCAACCUGAACUCCUCGAAUGGUCGAAAGAGAACGGGAUCAUCUUGGAAGCGUAUUCCCCUCUCGGAAGUGACAAACGUGUCCAAGAUUCACUGAACGUUCCUGAAGUCAAGGAAAUCGCGGCGCAGACGGGUUUAACGCCAGCUCAGGUCAUAAUUUCAUGGCAUGUACAGCGUGGUACUGUGGUACUUCCCAAGAGUGUCACCCCUUCUCGGGUGAAAGAGAACAUACAAAUCUCCAUGCUCCCGGCCGAGGCUUUCGAAAAACUGGAGAAAGCAGCUACAUCUCAUAAACCCUCGAGGGGUAGCGAUCCUAGCAAGAGUUGGAGUUUGGAUUUUGAGAUAUUUGACUAAUGAAACAAAGUCUCGGAAACGCGACGUGUAUUCUAGAAUCUAGGCUGUAUAAUCUAUUGAUGCCGUAUUCUCAGCAGCUCA